UUCAUAUCCUGUCGCUAUCCUUUGCUUCAGCGCUUGCCCAAGCGGUUUCAGUUUGAGGUUUUGAGUGCAUUUGAGCGGCUGCAAAUAGAAACGGAACUGUGCACAGGAAUAAGCCACAUAUCUCUGGCAAUCAGUGGAUGGUGUUUUGUGAAAGAUAUAGAAGCAAUAUCGAGCUGUGCGGGAUACAUAGAAGUGUCCCUGGAGUAAUCGCCGCUUUUCGAUAGACCGGCGCGGAUUGUAACCUUUUAAUUCUCCAUCGGGGUUGUGCGUCUGCACUGAACGGCUUCAAAAUUAACUACUCAAAGUACCACCACAACGCUAUGUCCUUAUCGGCCAUAGCAAAGCCAAUACUCUACUCGUAUUGGCGCAGCUCGUGCUCCUGGCGCGUGCGCAUUGCGAUGAACCUCAAGGAGAUUCCCUACGACAUCAAGCCGAUCAGCCUGAUCAAGUCUGGCGGGGAGCAGCACUGCAACGAGUACCGCGAGGUGAAUCCCAUGGAGCAGGUGCCCGCCCUCCAGAUUGAUGGACACACCCUUAUCGAGUCGGUGGCCAUCAUGCACUACCUGGAGGAGACCCGUCCCCAGAGACCCCUGCUCCCACAGGACGUCCACAAGCGGGCCAAGGUGCGCGAGAUAGUCGAGAUCAUCUGCUCGGGCAUCCAGCCCCUCCAGAACCUCAUCGUGCUCAUCCACGUGGGCGAGGAGAAGAAGAAGGAGUGGGCCCAGCACUGGAUCACCCGCGGCUUCCGGGCGGUGGAGAAGGCACUGUCCACCUCCGCAGGAAAGUACUGCGUGGGCGACGAGAUCUCCAUGGCUGACUGCUGCCUCGUACCUCAGGUGUUCAAUGCCCGAAGAUUCCACGUGGACUUGCGUCCGUAUCCCAUCAUACUGCGCAUCGACCGCGAACUGGAGAGCAAUCCAGCGUUCCGGGCGGCCCACCCCUCCAAUCAACCGGACUGUCCGCCGGAGCUGCCCAACAAAUAGAAUUUCCCGACGACAACUGCAAAGCGCCGUAAGACGAAAAAGUGAAUUGCAGUUCGUAAUCCAGGCACAGGACAAACUAAGAACAUAAAUCUGAUCGGUGGGCAGGCGGAUGGUGGAGGAGAAUUGGACAGAUUGGACGGAUGGAAGGGAUUGGAUAGAUGAGAAGAUCGGAGGGCGAAGCUGGCGGGGAUUCCAUUAAGCAGAAACAGUCGGAUGUGAUUUAAGAAAUUGCUAACAGCAUUUAAAUAUGCAUAAAUGCAUAAAAAUACUAUCGAUAACAUAACGAAAUUCCAGCACGAAAUUCAAAUGCAAAAUUCUCAGAAACGUAUAGAAACUUAAUUAAUAAAUUCUUCAGAUUCCCUUAGUUUGUCAUUGUGAACAUGAUCUAAAAGAUGAACUCAUAACAUAUAUAUUAAAUGUAACUUAUUUUUAUGCAUUUUAUUUAGGCUAACAAAACAUAACAAAUUCAAGGAAACUCAUGACGAAAAGCAAAAUUCAAUUCAGGGAUUUAAAACAAAAACCAAACACUAUCUAAAAUUUACAAAAAUAUAUUUGAUGUAUGUAUAAGUACUUCAUGUCAAAGUUGGCAAACGCUAAACGAAUCGUUCACAAAGUACAAAACUUCAGUCAACCAAUAAGUAAACUAACCGACAAACUAUACACAAAAUCGAGUAAAUCCUAAGUAACUUACGAGAACUUCAAAGAUUUGAUGGUUCUUAUGUCGCAAUGCCUCUUUGGUACCACGAAAGCAUAACUAACCAAGUAUUUCUCUCAACGCAAUGCACAUAGACGAAUGACAAAGCCAACCCAUUAAGUGCACACUAUUUUAUUAGCAAGUUGAUGUAAAUUGGAUCGUGAGAAUCUCUUCACAACCCCGUACGACUAGAAUUAAGCCUGCCGAUGCCAAGUAAAACUACUAUCCUGCAUGACAGUACAAUGCACGAUUCGGAGGACAAACGCCGAUAGUCACAUCAUACAAAUAUAUACACAUAUAUAUAUAGGACGAGCUGCGCAUUUUCGCAUACCGAACGAAUACCAAAUUGAAUACAAACCAACUAAUAUCCAUAAUUUCCGAAAUAUUGUAACAGUUCCAUAUACUAUAAAUAAACUUCAAACUAAACUAAAACUUUGCUAA